AUGUCCGAUGGACAAGGCGAGAAUACAGAAUAUUUUGGAGGAUACGGAAGUGAAGAAUUCAUUAUCAGGAAAAACAAUGAAGAAAUGGCUAUAUUAUCAAUGGGAAUGAAUUCGAAGAAAAUGAGGUUGAAUUUGGACCAAGAUGCUUCAAGAGAUUCCGUGUAUCAUAACUCAAGUUCAGAAUCUUCAGGAUCUUCACCAGUAACACCUUCAUCUUAUUCCUCUUAUACUGACACUACCGACAAUUUUUUCGCAAAAAAUCAUCAAAAACAACAGCAGCAAAUAUCACAACAAUAUGCAACUCAUUCGCCUGCAAAUAAACAACGUCAAUAUCCACUUCGUAUUUCAACACGAUCUGACACAUCAUCACUAUUAUCUGAUGUUGAAUUACUUAAUCCUUAUGCAAAUAUCAAUUCAGUGCUAUACCUCGCAAAUUUGACACGAAAUUCACAUAUUUUGAAUGAAAUACGGGAAGAUAUUGGUGGAAUGGACAUAGAUGAACGGGAAAAUGAAUUUGUGGGUGGGGUGAUAGAAAAUUCAAUAACAAAUUUAAAUGAGAACCUCGGUGGUAACAUGUCAGCAAUUCAUGCAUCACUUAAUCAUUGUCCCAAUAGUAUCGAAGGUAUAAAUAAACAUGAUAAUCAUGGUGACCGUGCUAAUAAGCAAGAUUUUGGAAUGGCAUCUGGAUAUCAAUCUAUUAAUGCUGUUUUAAGAGAGGCUUUCUUGAGAAGGCAUGGAUUAAAUUCGCAAAGCUAA